AUGGAUACCCCAGUAGCUUCAGGUGUGAAGCUUAGUCCUGAUAUAGGUCCUAAAACUGAGAUAGCCAAAAGGAAAAUGGAAAGAAUUCUAUAUGCCAGUGCAGUCGGAAGUUUGAUGUAUGCAAUGAUGUGUACAAGAUCAGAUAUUUGUUAUGCCAUAGGACUUGUGAGUCGCUACCAAUCUAACCCCAGAGAAGGACAUUGGAAGGUUGUAAAGAGGAUCUUAAGAUACUUAAAGGGAUACUCCGACGCGGAUUUAGGUGGAGAUGAAGAUGAACGAAGAUCAACUUCAAGCUAUACUUUCUUGCUAAAUAAUGCAGCCAUUUGUUAG